AUGUCGGAUCCGGAGCCACCACUCCGGCUGCUUUCGCUCGAUGGCGGUGGCAUCAGGGGGCUCUCGAGCCUUUAUAUCCUUAAAAAUCUGCUGGUGGCCGUCCAGAGAAAGGAGCCAGUGUCUGCUGGAGAGACUGCUUCUCCCCGACCAUGCGAUUACUUUGACAUGAUUGCUGGCACGUCAACUGGAGGACUCAUUGCUGUCAUGUUAGGAGUCCUCCGAAUGGACAUAGAGACUUGCAUAAAUGCAUAUCUGAGUAUGGCUCCAGAGAUAUUCCCCGUUGAAGGUAUGGUAUCGGGAAGCAUAUUUGGCAAGGCCAAAAAUUUUGUUUGCGUGAAUUCCGAAAAACCCCGCCAUCCAUUCCGAUUCCGCAAUUACGAAAGCCCCAGGGUUGUAUCUGAAGAUAUGACAAUCUGGGAGGCCUGCCUCGCUACAUCCGCAGCACCCACUUAUUUUCCACCAGUCUCAAUCGGCAAUCCUCCUCGAACGUUUGUGGAUGGCGGUCUAGGAUACAACAACCCCACGCAGGCACUUCGCGAGGAGACGAUGCACAUUUGGCCCUCGAGGAGUGUAGGUUGCAUUGUCAGUAUCGGAACGGGGAUGAUGGGUUCUCACGAUGUUGGGAGAUCGAUCAAACCUUUGUUCAAGACGCUCCAGGAGAUGUCCACUGACACUGAGAAGGUGGCUCAAGAGGUCAAAGAGGAAAUGGAACACCGAUCUCCGGACCAGGACAUCUAUUUUCGCUUCAAUGUACAGCAUGGCCUGCAGACUGUGGGUCUAGAGGAGUGGAAGGAAAUGGGAAGGGUGAAGACGGUCACUGAGAAUUACCUUCAAUCCAAUCGGAAGCAGAUGCAACUGUCUUUAAAACCUGUUCGAGGGAGUGUGAGGACUUUUUCGACCGUUCCAUUCUCGAAAGAUCCUGGGUUUGUUGGUCGCGAGGACAUCCUGGCACAGCUUGAGUCCGAAUUUGCGAACCCAAUAUCACAAAGUUGGGCGUCGCUGUAUGGUCUCGGUGGCAUAGGAAAAUCGCAAAUUGCCAUCGAAUACUCAUAUCGACAAAAAGAGCGGUUGCCUGAGAUCUCGACUUUCUGGGUCCAUGCGAGCGACAAGGCGAGGUUCGAACAGUCAUAUACAGAAAUCGCCACGACAGUAGAGAUUCCUGGGACUGGAGACGGCAAGGUCGACAUUCUCCAGUUGGUGUCAAAAUGGCUCGCAAAUCCGGACAAUGGUCGAUGGCUGUUGAUCCUCGACAAUGCGGACGACGCUACCGUGUUAUUGCACCUACCAGAACGAGAUCCUGAGACUGGCGCAACGUCUGUGCAGCGCCGCUUGCUGGAUUUCUUGCCGCGAGUGCAACACGGGGCUGUGCUCAUCACGACUCGCGAUCGCACUUGUGCGCUAGACCUGAAUGGACAGAACGGCACGCCCCUAGAAGUGCGACCGAUGAGUACAAAUGAAGCUGUCGGCCUGCUUCGGAACAGAUUGCCAGAUGCCACUGAAGAGGAAGCUUCUGAACUUGUGGCAGAGUUGGAGAGGGUGCCUCUCGCCAUCUCCCAGGCUAGUGCGUACAUCAAAGCGGUUUCCCAGGUUUCAAUAUCCAUAUACCUCAAUAAAUUCCGUCGCAGUAAUGAGGACCAAGCCACUCUGCUUAACAAGGGCAAAGGGGACUUGAGGCGAGAUCCAGCGGUACCAAAUGCAGUGAUAACAUCAUGGGAGUUAUCCUUCCGCCAGAUCCGUGAAAAGACCCCAGGCUCAGCUAAUUUGUUAUCGCUUAUGUCGUAUAUCAAUCGGCAAGGUAUCCCACAGUUUCUGCUACAAAGAGAUGAUGACGAUGUUUCUUUCUGCGAGGAAAUUGAUCCUCUCAUUAGCUUCUCUCUGAUCCGCGCAGAAACCAGAGAGAAUGUAUUCGAGAUGCACAGACUUGUGCAGACAGCAAUGCGGCAUUGGCUUCGUAGCGAAGGUUGUGACCAAUUAUGGAAGGAGAGUGCGAUUGAGCGGGUGGCGCAUCGAUUUCCAAUGGCAGAAAACCAAGAGCAACAUUGGCCGAUCUGCGAGGCCUUAAUGUCUCACGCGGACGAGGUGAUACUUCACACGGCUAGCUCCAAAGAAUCUCGAUUAAGUCGCGCGAUUAUACUGGUACGCACGGCCUGGUAUCUAGUCGAAAGGAAAGGGCAUGCCGGACUUGCGGAACAAAGAUCGACAGAUGCGCUUCAAAUUCGGCGAGAAUACUUUGAUGACGACUCAGACGAAAUCCUCAAUACCAUGAGCAUAUUGGCUUGCGCUCAAAGUGAACUUCUCAAAACGGAAGAGGCGAGAGAUCUCCAGGAGUUCAUAUUGAGGCAAAGACGGGAAAAGUGGGGGUCGGAGGACGAAAGGACUUUAACCUCCAUGCAUAAUCUUGCUUUGUCAUAUGGUCAAUUAGGGCAGUAUGAAAAGGCCGCGGAUCUACUGAAACACGUGUUCGAAGUAAGAGAAAGGUUAUUAGAUCCGGGAGAUCCGCGUCUCUUGGCCUCUGGAAAUGGACUAGCGGCUGCCCAACUCGACCAAGGCAAAUACGAAGACGCUGAGAAGCUGAGUAAGAGAUUGUUGGAGAUGAGUACAAAAUAUCAUGAAUUCGAGUAUAUACACACUCUCGAUGCAAUGCGACAUCUAUCUCGUGCAUAUUUGCGACAGAACAAACUCGAAGAAGCCGAGAACCUGGGCGUUCAAGCUAUUCCAAUCUCCAUCAAAAUCUUCGGCCGUAGUCAUUGGAGGACUCUUGAGACCCGAACAGUCUUGGCUGACACCUAUUACCGUCAAAAGAAGCUGGAUGAGGCGCAAGAAAUCUGCAUAUCAUGUCUUGAUACGGCGCAAGAAAUUUAUGGCGCGGAAGAUGUUACGACAGCAAAUAUCAGCAAUCUCCUCGGCUUGGUCUAUCGAGGUCAAGGAAGGUUCGUUGACGCGUCAAGGCUCUUGAAGGAUGCUGCGGAGAUGGACCGGAAAGUCUUAGGGUCUGAUCACCCAGAUACGUUGAUUAGCUUACACAAUCUCGCUCUCUGCUACUAUGAUAUGGGGGACAAGGUUCAAGCCAUUCAAUUGAUGACCAAUGUGCUUGACAAGCGGAAAGAAGUCCUUCACGCCAAUCACCCCCAUACUAUCCGGUCUGCCAAGACCUUGGCACGUUGGAAGGGCGAGGAAGAGGGGACCAAGGAGGAGACCGAGGAAGGAGGAAGAGGGGAGAUGAGGAAGAGGAAAAGAGAAGCGAGGAGGAAGUGGGGAACGAAAGGAGGAACGACGAAGGCAUGCGUGAACAACUCGGCAAAAUACAAAUCUCGUCGCCAGCGACCCAUGAAGCUGGGCCAAGAUGAUCGCAGAGGCAAACAUGCAGCAAAGAGCCUUGAGAUAGGAGUACGGUGGGACACUGUGCUCAGGGCUUGUUGUUGGAUUGGAUUAGAUCGGCGUGUUUGGUUCGCCUACUGA